UUAUUACCACUCAAGUAGUUAUCUGGAACUAGGGUAACAAUGUGGCUAUAAUUAAUUAAUAAGAGCUUGAAAAAGGCUUUAUUAGUAGAUACGGGCAAUUAAUAGCCCGUUGCCAUAGCAACGCCCUAUUGGAACUCACGCUUCAUCACCUCAUUGCUCGAUGUUUACGUCGUCAAGGCACUGACAAUCUAGGCCUCCACUCGUUGACACGUCAAUUUAGUAAGCAAAUAAUAGUAAAAACUAAAUAAAAAUGUUCUGGGGAAUAAGUCCAGCCCUUGAUCUUCAAAAGGAGUACCUAAAACAUGGUGACAGCAGUGCGUACGAAUUGAAUUUUUUAGUCAUCGGAGGUUGCGACGCGAGACACAUCCUCAAAACGUUGGCACAAGCUUACCGACAUACACGACGGUACAUGAACAUUUUCGUCAUUGAUGGCUGCCCUGAAAUCAUCGCUCGACAAAUUCUUCUUUUAUCCAUGGCCUUGGAAAAAACGAAUAGAAGUGGUCUAUUAGAGAAAACCAGGCGGUUCUUAGAAAUCUACGGAAACAUGCUUCUACGACCGCCAACUUCAAGGUACGUCAUAUCUAAAGCACGGCAGCUGGUUGGAAUGAUUACCAAUCCUGAAUACAUGAGCUGUCUCCUACCUUGUGUGUCAGUAGACCAGAUGAAAUACCGCGAACGGGAUUACAUGGAAAAUUUAUUUAACUUUUGGACAACUGGAAAUACGAAUCAGUUUAACGCUACAGAGUUGUGGGACCAUAGAGUUAGAUUAAGCCUUGGUGUGAGAUAUGACAAUAGAAUCGGUGUAUUCGAUUGGGAUUAUCAUAUGCGCAUGAAGGAAGUGGCAAGUCAGAUCUGUUUUCAGGAGUACAAGCAUUUUAGGGAACACGGAAUAGCCUUCACUUGGUUGGAAACUGAGGUUUGUCGGCCGAACGUUACGUUAGCUGCUGGAGUUUAUAAGUGCGGGGAUAGAUACCUUCAUCGUGGAUAUCUUGGUGAUUUAGUGACUUCUCCAUACAUCGCGUAUGGUCUGGAUUGUGAAGAAAAGGAUAUGCUAAAAUCAACUCACGGUGUUAACUAUAAACGAUCGACAGAUGUAUCGGAGCGUAAUGUGAUGAGACUGCUUUAUGAACUGGAAACUCGUAAGCCUUUUGAUCCUAACGUAAUGAAUUUAGACACUCAACAAAAUUUAGGUAUGGCAGUAUUAAGCGAGUUCGAUGCAAAGAUUUCCGAAAGUGGUCCAGAGGCUCCCGUUCUGCUACGUGAAGACCGAGAUACGUACAUUGAUGUAGACUUUGGAAAAGUCCACUUUUUAUCUCUUUCUGCGUUAGAUCACUAUCCCCAUAAGCCACAAUUUCAGGGUUUGUUCCACGGCGUUUUUGUAGGACAUAAUGUCCUCCCUCGAGUCAAACCCAGCGUUUGGUCAAUGGCAAGAGAUGACGCUAUUGUAAUAAUGGAAUCACGUAAAUAUGUCGUCGAAUUGAAAAGAGAAGACGUAAAGGCGUACGGUGAGCAGAUACAACAAGCGGCAACAACUGCACAGUGCGAGAAGAUUGGUCCUUUCAAUCCAGAAAAGGAUGACUUUGCCAAAUUUUUAAUUCGAAGGAAAAGUGAAAGUAGUGACCCAUAAUGUCACAAAGUUGUUUUAUUAAAACUAAGAUAGUUUUUAAAGAAAUACUCGUACGGUUCAUAAUAAAGUUCCCUGUCCUCUCCUUCUUAUUAUUUGUUGGGAUAAGUAGUAUAAUUUUCACGUUUGUCCUGAAUUACUUUGAUUUGAACUUUACUGUAUUUUAUUACUGAAUAUAAGGUUUAAAAAUAUUGAUUAUGAGUUAUUUUACUUUUUAUAACACAUUUGCUCGUAAAGUAUCUCUUAUUUCACCAAUUUUAAUAUUAUACUUUUAUAUUUCAGAAAGUGUGUUCAAAGUGAGUUUCCUCGCAAAUGUGUUAUAAAACAUACGUAUGACAUACGUGCGCUUUGAUAGCCUCUGCUUCUUUACUAUAGCAAUAUCACCUUAGUUGUAAUUUUCAACUUACCACACUUGAUAUCAUAAUGUAUAAUUAAUACAUGCUAUGACCACGACUUACAUUUUGAUUUGUCGUCGUCUUCCUUUUCUGCUUCAAUAGUCAUUCGUAGAACGUAGAACGUUUC